UUCCUUGAAGACCAGCAUAUUCUACUGGUUUUGGUGUUGUUGCUGCUGCUGCAGCAGCUCGAUCAUCGUCGGUGGGUUUGGCCAUUACACCACCACCGUGUUUUAGGCAUUGGCCAGGUCGGUUCUGCUUCCUGAGAAGAUGGAUUAUGAGAUUCUGUACUUGUCUGAAGCGUUGCUGAUAUGUGCAGAUUGGACUUGUACUUUGAAUUGCAAUGUAAAUUCGCUGGUCCCACCACAAGUACUCGUCGGCGUUGAUGUAAAUCCCCUGCAGACACAAUGGAGGGAGGAUGGCUACAUUUCCCGUCGUUGGUACUUGAUUUUACCUCCAACCUAGGGUUUUCUCACUCCUCUUCUUGUAAAGUACCCAACGGAAAUGGUCAAUGUAGUCACUUCAGUAAUCCAUCCUCUAAAUCAGUUUCAGCUUCGAGCUCGUGCCCUACCCUCUCAGAAAAUAGUCACUUAUCAGACGUGUCGCCUUUAUCAAUUUUGUCGUCAAAUAGUAUAAGCCCCGUUCCUGAAAAGCUAGUUCUUGGAAAUGGAGUGGCUGCUGUGCUUCACGCCGCAGGAGCUUUCUUGCGGUUGUUGAGGAGUAGAGACGGUGACAAAGGGUCCAGACGACGGUUCAUUAAAUCAGAGAAGUUGAAAACAUUAAACGACUUGAAGGCAGUCAAUUAUACAUUGAUUCGUGAUAUAAGUCCUGGGAUCCAGAUCAUCUCGUUAUGUACCAGGGGGGUUCUAUCGUCUUCCUUUUUUUCUCAAAUUUCUUCCGUUCUGGAAGGCGGGUGGAGCAAGCUGAUAUGUUAUGAUGCAGCACCUAUUGUGCUUGCAGCAGCUCUUCCUCCAUCGUCUCUUGCUUUAUUUCAAUACGGCCAAGAUGCCUUUGGGGUCGAUAAUUGUGAUGGAGCAUUAUUUGGCUUGCCUAGUUGCAACUCUCAAGCUGUAGUUGUAGAGCCCAAAACAGGCUUGGAAUUUCCAAUGCAACUUUGUCACAACAACAUUGAUGGCCAAGAUAGUGAUGCAAGUCUUUCGUGCCAGAUAUUAGCUGGGGUCGGUGCCCGGAGCAAAGAAAUCAUGCGGUUGAAAUCUAUUAAGAUUUAUGCAUUCGGUCUUUUUUUGAGAGGUGAACUGGUAAGGCCAGAGCUUUUGAUCUCGCUCUUAGAAGAGUUCAUGGAUUUACUUAGCGUUCUGUUUGAACACACGACAGAUGUUCAUCCUGAUCACCUGCGUGGUCAACUUGGUGAUAAGUAUGAAGGCUUAAGUGCUGAAGAACUCGAGAACGGACUCGACUUUUUGGAGGAUCUUCUUAGGGUUCAUGAGGUGGAGAUGACUCUGCGUUUAGUUGUACAUUACCAAGGCCUAAAGAUGAGAAUGGUCCGCAAUGCUUUUCAUGAGUCCCUCAGGAACAGGCUGAGCAAGAUAGGUGGAAAUGGCGACGAGGGAUUGCAGACAUUUUGCUCAUACUUGUCAGAUGACAUUCGUCUCCACAAGGGUAGCACCAUUGACGUUCGUUGGCAAGUAGGUGGACGACUUCGGAUUGAAAUUGAGGGUCGCCGAGUCGGUGUUAUUCAUAGCCCUCCAUUUUGCCAGGCAUUCUUUGAUCUCUACAUUGGGGAUUCGCCUGUCUCCGUAGCUGCAAAGCAGGAGAUUGGAUCAAAUUUUGCACGCAUAGUAAAGGAAAGAAGCAGGUAGAGUUGAUGCCAUGCUUCGGCCAGAUUCUCUUCGGGUCGACAUUCAAAUUCUACCCAAUUCCUCUUUGAUGUACAUGUUCGUAUCUUCCACAAUACUAUUUUGCGGAUAUGAAAACUCUGUUGAUCUAAUUUGUACAAUUGAUUGAGCUCAAGAUUUGUGGGCUCCUCUUCAAUUCUUUUCAAUGUAGAUGCAACAUGUGAGAUCUAUCGAUUGUAGUCCUUUUUCUGGGCGAAGUACUUGUUUUUUAUCUUAAAGUUUUAUAAUUUUCAA